AUGGAUAGCGGAAUACCUGAAGAAAAAAUACCUCAAUAUUUCUCAAUAUACGGGCUACGUAAAUACGACCGACUGGGAGAUCAGGUGGUUACUGAAAUUAUAUAUGUCCACAGUAAGAUAAUGAUAGUUGAUGAUAGAGUGAGUGUAAUAGGAUCAGCUAAUAUCAAUGACAGGAGUAUGCUGGGUGACAGAGACUCAGAAAUGUGUCUGAUCAUUGAAGACACUCAAAUGGAGCCAGGGACUAUGAACGGAGAGGAGUUUGAGGUCGGAAAGUUCUCUCAUAGUCUUCGUUGUCAUCUUUUCCGUGAGCACCUCACCCUCCUUGAUGAUGAGGAGUAUUCUGCUUCUGAUAUUAAAGUUGAAGACCCUGUCUUGCCAUCUUUCUUUACAAAGUUGCAAAAAAUAGCCUCGGCAAACACUAAAAUUUAUGAGGAAGUUUUUGGAGGGAAAGUGGAGCAGAAGAAUGACAUUCAUACACUUGAUGAUCUUAAAAAAUGGCAAAAGGUUCUUGGAUUAAUAGAAACUGAUAGAGCAGCUGCUGAAAAAAAAUUGAAAGAUAUUGUUGGAAGUUUCGUUGCUUAUCCUGCACUGUUCUUAAAGGGCAACUUAAAAAUAUCGUUAUUUGAUAAAUUUUUUCAUUUGACUGUGGGGAUAACUAAUCCAGAUAACACUUUUGCUUGAGACUUUACUAAUUUAGACAUACAAUGUACAUGUACAUACAUAGCUACAUUAGUAUUUUAGGAUUUUCUAGUUUAUUUU